AUUCUGAGCUCUCUAAAUAAGCUUAAUUUGUGAAAAAUGGAAGCAAUUUCAUCCAAGACAUUUAUUCUAUUUGCUUUAGGUACAGUGGUCUUUCUACAAUCGACUAGUAUGUGCCUAGAUGAACCAAUGAAUUCCAGCCUGCGGACUACAGAAGACAAUGAUGAUAAAUAUUAUGAGAAUAAAGACAAUAUCUUGGAAGAAAUGCAGAGGAGUCUCAAUUUUGAAGAAAUGAAAGACUGGGGGUCAAAAAAUAUCAUUAAAAUGAACCCUCCUACAGUAAGUAAGAUGCCAAAUUCAGUUGCUAAUUUACCCCUUAGGUUUGGAAGAAAUUAUCCAGAAGAAAGAAGCAUUAAACCCAUUGCUAAUUUGCCUCUGAGAUUUGGGAGAGCUUUUGGAGAGCAAGCUCCAAAGGUAUCACACAGGCUUGGGAGAUCUCCACUUGCCAAAAGCUCCAGUCAAUCACUUCUAAAAUUGCCACAGAGAUUGGGGAAGUCACUGUCUGUCAGUCUGCCUCAAGAUGUUCAGGAACCCGAACCAGGGAUAUGAAUUCUAACAGUUACAUUAAUACUGGAAUGAAAUAAUGAAGGCAGAAUCUGAAAGACUUGGAAAAGCUGCAAUGUGUUUUCAGAACUAAAGGUCAUGAAAAGGAGACAUGGGAACUGAAAUGCAAACCUGUCUUUGUGUUAUGAAUAAUGUAUUUAUUCUGUACAAACCCUUGAUGUAUAAGGCAAUGAUAAUUGUACUGACUCUGAUAGUAGCUUACUUCAGUGGCAGUGUAGUAUAAAUUCUAUUUACUUCUGUGUGACUUAGGUCCUGUUGGUUGUAAAACCUAAUUUCAGAGCAAUGGUUGUAUAAUUGAAAGCAUUUUAAGCAAAACUAAAAGAAGCAUGGUAUGAAUAAAGCAGCAUGGUACAAAUAAAAAGAAGCCUAUGAUGUGAAUAACAAACAGAAGCAGUAUCAAAACCACUGGUAGCCUUUGUGUCAAAUGCAGCUAAAGAAAAUCAAGU